AGUACAAGAUGUUGCAAAAACACAGAGAAGAGACUCUCAGGAUGACUUCCUGGAUGAAGGUGAGUUGUAUUGUUAUUCUAAUAAGUUUCAUAGCCAUCUUCCCUUCGAUGGGCUAUGGUUUGGAAUGGUCAUUAUUUUCGUAAAUUAAAAUGGACUUUCAAACAAAAAUCGGGAGCAAAUAAAUUUUUAAAUACUUUUUCUGUAUUUGUGAUUUUCUACCUACCUCCGGUGAAAAACGUGACAGAAAAUGUGCACAGAUAAUUACUAGGUAAUAAUAUAUCCAAAUCAAACCAUAGGAAAGAUGGCUGUGAAACUCAUUAGAAUAACAAUAUAACCAUUAUCUAUGUUGUCAACGUUCAUUCAAAUAUAUGUGCUUAAUUCGCCGUCACGUGUGCAUGGUAUUUUUGCCAAAUCCACUAAUCGCAAUUUCUAAUUUUCGCUAUUGUUCCAGUCACGGAUAGGUAACUUUCCUAAAACAUUGCUAUUGGUUAGUCGGGCAAAAUACAAUGCGCACGUGAUCGACGCGGUGAAAGUCCAGAUUUAUGAAUAAACGUUGACUAACAUAAAUAGUGAGUUAUGAUUCUAAUGAGUUCCAUAGCCAUCUUCACAUCGAUAAGCUGUGAUCGAACUUAAAUAAAAAAAUGGCUUUUUAGGCCUGGUUUCCAUAAGGUUGUAAUUGUCGCGUACGGGUCGCGAACGUGUCGCGAAGUGCUUCUCGUGGAUGAUUUUUAUGCUUAUUCCCUGUGGUUGGAACUGUCGUGACAUUGUCGGCAAUUUAAUUUCGUACCCAGGGAUCGUACAAACAGCUUGCGGCGGUUAAAAAAGGACAAAACGUUCCCCCCAAAAGCGACCUUUGCCUCCCUAAUUGUCGCAGAACUGUUGCCACGCUGUCGGCUUUCUGUUUCCAUUAAGGUGGCUCGCUACAGUUUAGAGAAAUGUUGAAAAUGCGUAAACUAGAUCACCUUUUUAACGAGAUGAUGCUCUUUACAAAUCGAAAUUUGUAUAUUAUAUAUACAGCGAGAAUCAAACAGUCGAAAGUUGGUCAGAAAAGUGACGUCACCACUGUUGCUAUGGCAACAAUGACGAUCCAAGAUGGCCUAUAUUUUGACUUUGAACGCAUUUUACUUUAAAAAAAGGUCGGUUACCCCCAUUUUUUAUUUAAGAAAACAUUUUCUUAUAGUACAAUACACUAUCUGACCAAUUUUAAAAAAAUUCUGUAAUGCCAAAUUUUUAAAAAAUUUAUAAACAUGGUUUUUCGAAAUAAUUUUUUUUUGCAUUACAGAAUUGUUUUACGUUCAGUUUUUGUGGUUUGAAAAUUAAAGAUGGUAUAAUUUGAUAUUAUUGGUGAGCUAUUGAUAAAUAUUUUUGGUUUGGUUUUUAAGCUAGAGGCUUAAACGACCCACAAAGCAUGAAGUCUCCUGCUGAAGAAGAUACUCCAUUAAUCAAAACGGAGGUAGAAUUUACAGGUAGGGAGGACACGCGCUUUAUAAAUUAUAACAAUUGAUGCGAGUUUAUAGUUAAAACUACGCGAAAAAUUCUUCUUUCAAAAAAUUAUUCCAAAAAUCUCCUUUUUAUUUUUAAUAACCUUAAUAGCUUUUCGAAACAUAUACUGUAGUUUACAUUUUAAUUUUGAUUAACCCAUACAUGCACUGUUGUUAACUUAGAACUUUAAUUGGUAAAUAGACGAUCAUGGUUUUGGUCUACGCAAUCUAGAAUCUCAAUCUUCUACCUAUUUCAUGCUUUAUAUUGAUACACCAUUCCAAUUAUAUGGAUUGUCUAUAGCUUCCCGACCAGAUCAGAUGUUGAAAGAUAGCAUGUCUGGUACAAAGAAGAGAAUAUAUUCAGAAGAUCGAAGUAAGCUGAAACUUAUACAUUGUGCAGGUAAAUAUAAUUUUAUUUCUUGAGUUUUUGAGUGUUCUACAUUAUGUCAUUGGCAUUUCUUUUUUCUUUAGGAAUAUACAGAGCUUUCUUCACAGGAAGUGCUGAUGUACGAUAUUUUCGCACUCGCGUUAAUUUGUUUUCCUAAAGUGAACGAGGGAAUGAAAUAAGCGAGUGAGUUUUGUAAAAACAAAUUAACAAAAGUGUUAAAAUAACAUGCAAAAGCACUUCCCAUUCUUCCCAUCAACAACUUUGUGCAUAUUAUAGAUUACUGAGGUCUUUCUUAGUCAGGGUUGGUAGAUUUGCACCCCGAAUAAUUAGGCGGGUCUCUGUAAAGAACGGAAACCGAAACGACCGAAUCCGGAAACGACCGAAACCGGAAACGACCGAAACCGGAAAUUCUCGCCUAAAUUUCCCGCAUAAGUGCAUAACGAAUAAUUAUAUUGUUGAUGCUCGAUCGCUGGCAUAACAUUUAGAUAUAUAUCGUCCGAAAGUAAGGUUGUAUGCUAUUUAACUGCUGACAAUUUUGUCAAUUAUUUAAUAAUCUUACUGCAUAUUAUUAACUUUCUGAACAAUGCCGGUUCAUGCCGGUUUUGUUUAAUUUAAUAAAAACGAUAUUGCAUUCACUUUCUCAUUUGACAUACGAUACGGCUUCCACUAAAAUGGCACGCUCUUGAUUUUGAAAAAAAUUAAAUACAUGCUCAUUUAGACGUAUUCCAAAUCCCAAUUUAUCUGACUGCAUUUUAAUAGCUUCAAAUAUUCAGAACAUUGUUCUUUCAAUCACAAGUAGUACAAGUAUUAUUGCAUUCAAUGGUAGUAUUUUAUUCGACUUUUAAUUUGUAUGUGUAUUGAUUAUAAACUCGUAAUGUAUUAUCUGCAGCCUAUAUUUAAUAUAUUGCAUUGCGCGGCUUGCUAAUGCUUCGUAUUAUUGUUUACAUUUCUUUAUCCUGAUGAUGAUUGAAAUAUAGUCGAAACGUUGAUAAAUAUAAAAAUGUUAUCGAUCUUUGGAGUUUACACACUUGUUUUAUAUACAUUUCGUCGUUGUACAUUUCACGCCCUGCGUCAAUUUGACAGUUGACAGUCUUUGUUUAUUAUAAGGGAUGAAUGAAUAAAACACAUGGUUCAGAGCAGGCUAAAUUUUAGGCAAUUUUAUGCAGGAAAUUAGGCGGGAAUUUCCGGUUUCGGUCGUUUCCGGUUUCGGUCGUUUCCGGAUUCGGACGUUUCAGUUUCCGUUCUUUACAGAGACCCUAAUUAGGCCAAACACCGUCACACUAGGAUUUUGUUUUCUUUGUUUUCUAAACGGCACUAAUGACGAUUUGGCCUAAUUAUUCAUCUAACUUACCAACCCUGUUCUUAGUUUAGUUUUCAUAAGUUAGUCUUCAUUAGAGCACAGCCGUUUUAUAUGCAUUUAUUGACUUAUAUCCAAUGAUUUGCAAAACUCAAUAUCUAGUUAGGAUUUCUAGUCAAGGGGGGGGGUAGAAAAUGUCCCGGGAGGGGCCCAACGAAUUGUAUCCUGCGCAAGUUCGAAUAAAGUUUGCUUAUUUUGUGAAAAUGCAUCAGUUUAGACUCCAAAGCUACCCAUGCAUAAUAUAGUACCAGAACAUGUUUAAAUUCUAGAGCCGGUAAAGUGCCAUUUUCAGCAUUUGGGGGCCUAUUUUAAUGUGUUUUAAUAAUUUUAAAUAACUGUUUAACGCAUAACAACUCUACUUAAUCACAAAUUAAUCCAAAACAUUCAAAACAUAUCGGAAUAUAUAAAAUCCCCAUUACCGGAAAUGAAAAUAUAAUGCACAUUCUUGUAUUGUUCAGAAUUAGCGUUCAUGGUUUUUUAGGUCCGGUUUCAAUCAAUGAUAUUUUCUCCUUUACAUUUUCAAAUUUAGUGUCGUCCAUAUUAAAUUAAAACCAUCAUUUUCCUUACUUAUAAUAUUUUAGAGGACGUUCGUCAUAGGAGCUUUACAUUUGGAGAUAAAGUAGAUGGAAAAGCUUUAAACAGAUGGAGAGAGAUUGCGACUGCAAUAUAUCAUGAUAAUGGGAAAAUUUUGGAUAUAUUUAUUAGAAAAGGUAGGUUAAAUGAUACUGAUUUAUCAGGUAGGUAACAUUCGCCCAUUGAACACUAGCAAUCACUAGCUAUCACAAGUUUGCCUUAUUUUAUAUUAUAUACAUUACAGGGCUAAUAAACAAUUUUUAAACACAGACUGUUAUUAAUUAAAGGCAAAAUAUAAGAGUUUAAGAUUAAAAACAGUCCAUGCAAGCAAAAUUGCAGCUCUUUCAUGUGCAAAAAGCACUAAAACGAGGCUAGUCAGUUCGACUAGUCGGCUUGUUUGCUAAAUCUAGCUUAAACAUCAGUAUAUUUAACAUUUAAUUUCUCAAAGAGAGUACACGGUAUUAUAUGUAUUAAAAUUUCAAAUAUAUUACUGUUUAAUAAAAGAGCAGGAGUGUUUUAUAUAGAGAAUAAUACAUGGUGCGCGGAAAUACCAGAUUUAUUUUGAGUGUUGAACAUGAUAUCUCACGAGUGAGCGCAGCGAACGAGUGAGAUAUCAUGUUCAACACGAGAAAUAAAUCUGGUAUAUUUCCAAGCACCCAUGUAUUUUUCUGUUUAUUAUAUAAAGGACAGUCUUUGAUAAAAAGCGAUAAUUUUCACAUGUGAUUAUCUUUGAUAAAAAAUUAUCAUGAAUAAUCGCACAUGUGAGAUUAUCACUUUUAUCAGUGCUCGAAAUCUCUUUCAAAACCUCAUUAAUAAUUCAUGAAGCAACUAUCCAAUCUUGAGUAAGAAAUUAGUCACAUGCAUACGUCUUUAUACCAGCUAAAGAACACUUUAAAAAAAGACCAUUGUUAUUCAAAGUAUAUAAAGAUUUUUAUAUAAAGAUUUUUAAAGAUUUGACUUAUUAUGCAAACGUUUUUGAAGUCAUUUAAAAAACUCGCAGGUCGUGUUUUAUUAGGUCUAAAGCCACUUCUCGUUUUUUAAAUAAUACAUAAAGCACUAUACAUUAUAUAAUAAAUUUAAGUAAUAUAUUUUAAAUUUUAAUACAUUUAAUAAAAUGUACUCUCUUUGAGAAAUUAAAUGUUAAAAAUACUGAUAUUUAACUAUAAAAAAACCCAUGCAAGAUUGGUAAGAUUUUCGAAACUAAGAGUUAACUAAGCUAUAAGAGUUAUGAAGAGUUAAAUUGUACUUAUUUAUUGCAUAAAUGAUAGACUCUGACUAAAUUGUUUAUUUCUACACGCAUAAUUAUAAUAUUCUAAGCCGUUUGACCUCGUUUCCCUCUCUCUUAAGGUGGCUCCCUACAGUUAUUCUUGUUUACUCAAUAAUUCCGUAAAACAGGCUUUUUCUGCAGAACGCGAAUUCUUUUCGACUUGGUGACAAUAUUGGUCACCUAAGGAAUAUUUUAUAGAUUUCGACAACGUCAGUGUUACCAUGGCAACAUGACGACAGCACAAAACCUUCCAAUUUAACCCAUAAAUGUGCCGCUAUCUCAAAAACGAUGUCGGUGACCUAUCUUUUUUAUUUCAUAUAUCAACAGGGAAUGAUGCUCUGCAACUGUGGUGAAAGUUUAAAAAAAUUCUGUAGUGUGUGAUUUUUUUAAAAGCGAAAAUUUUAUUGCGAAAUUUCCACACUACAGAUUUUUUAAAAAUUGAAAUUUAUAUAAUUUACCGCAAAAUAAAUUCGUGGUCAAAAUUUGAAGAUAUGUCACCGAUGAAACUAAUGAGUAAAAUGCAAAUAAAGUUAGAAAAUAGCCUCCUGUAACUCGAGAAAUUCCCCUUAUUGAAAAGCGUCGCUGACUAGUAAAAGAUUGUACGCGGGCGCAGAACGGGUUUUCAUUCAGCAAAAUCGAGCGGAAAUGUUGUUUUUACUGUUUUGUUUUUGUCAACUUUUCGAUUUAUUUGAGUGCCAUGGACAGCCAAGGAUUAAUAUGAAGGAUCAAAUUGAUGAAAACAAGGUUGAAGCUAAUUAAACCCUGCCGUUUACUCAAUCUAUGAGCUGUAACAGCCUAUUAACAAGUGGACGUGUUUUUUUGUUUCAUGUUUGGCUGUGUACUUUUUGCUAAAAAUGAACAAUUAGGCUAUGAAACUGAAAUAUUUUUCUGUUUACAUAUAAUCACUUUAAUCUUGUAGAAACACGACCAAAAACGUGAACGUUUUCUUGAGAAGUAAAUAACUUUUUAAACGUUUGUAUGCAAUUUUGCAAAUGUUUUACAGUUGACAGUGUAUAUUAAAAAAAAUUAAAAAACAUUGUUUCGUAGCUAUUUUUUCAGUCUAGUGAUAUUCGUAUCAUAUCUGGAAUUGCUGUAUAGACUCGCAAGUGAUUUGGCACACAAAACGAAUUAUUAUUCAACGCUUUUUUCCAUUAGAAACCUUUCAGAAAUAGCUUUAUUUUUAAAAAAAGCGUGGUCAAUUUUUGUUUUGUUUUGAUCAUGAAGUUGCGUGGGAUAGUUCACGUACUGGUCCCGCGAACAUCCCGCACGCAACUGUAGGGAGCCUCCUUAAUUGAGAAACCUUCAUUGGGAGAAGGUGAAGUUUAUGGCCGGGGUUUGACAUUUUCUUAAUCAUAUCAACAGACAUAGGCUAACAUCUCAACGUUCCUUCAGGGUGAAGUGACGUAAUGCAUGAUCCUAGCUCAUACCAGGGAAGAUUAUUCUUAGCGCCCGCUUUUGUAACCUCUCUUUGUCAUUACUCUGUUCAACUGUGAGAUUGCCAUUCCAGAUUUGAGCUCCAUAUUCUAGAACCGACCUUAUUUCAUCCGUAUAUAAUAAUAUAUAUAUAUCCUUUAUUACAUCCGUUUAAGGGCCCAUAGUAAUUGGUAACAUAUACUGUUGUGGUGACCCUGCCAUGAAUGCAUGCAUGAUAAUGGCGAAGUUAAAUAAAUAAAUAAAUAAAUAAAUAAAUGUAUAAAAGACUUAAAUUAGAUCUUCCUUGGGAGCAUUAUAGCUUUUAAGCACCUUUAAGGGAUAUAAUCGUUUGACUGCUUUCUUUAUAAUAUAGGCUGUAUUAGUAUUCCAUUUUAAAUCGUCGUUUAUCCAAACACCGAGCAACUUAAAUGAUUUUGCUUAUGUGAAGAUAUCCCUGCCAAUAGCAAUUGACGGGAUUAUAGUUUUAACCUUCCUGAAGUCUACCAGCAUCUCUUUACACUUUUUACUAUUGAGUUCCAUAUUUUGAUUUCUCGUAAAUUAUCCACGUUUUGUUGAGAGUUCCCGAUCGGGCAGUUGGACACGUGUUGGGUGAUGUCAAUGACUUCCUAUAUAGAGUUGUAUCGUCCAUGAACAAUGAAAUAUCUUCAUCCUCUGGGUUAAUUGGGGAGAUUAUGAGUGGAAGAUCAUGGAUGUGGAUAAUAAAUGCGAUGGGUCCAAUUUUACUUCCUUGGAAACUCCUCCUUUGACUCGAGCCUCCUUCGAGAAUUCAUUGCGGAAUUUAGUGACUUGUGAUCUAUCUUUGAGGUACGAUCCUAGCCAAGAAAUAAGAGCUGGCCUGACCCCAAUUUUCCCAUGAAUUUCCAAUAGCUUAUUGUGAUCUACUAGGUCAUAAGCUUUUCUAAAAUCAAGAAAUAUAAUCCGUAUUACCCUGCCAGGCGUUUCCAUGGUUUCUAAUUAAAAAUUACUUUAAAUAAUUGGAAUAAUGUUUACUUGCAGAAAAAUAACGUAAUGUAUAUAUUGUCAAUAAACUACAAGAAAAAUGCUUAUCUACAAAAUUUGAUUUAAUGUUCAGUCGCUGCUAAUAGAUCUGCAUGCCUACGAAAUGUUCAGUCUUUCUGGUGGUUUAGAGAUCCGUCCUGACCUAGUUACACAGUAUGGCUGCAACUUACAUAACUGAUCUUCAGGUGGUGCCCUUUCUUCUCGAGAUACUAUCAUGGGUGGUUUGGUUUCUUGCUUCCGGUUACAGCUCGGCCGAAAAAGUGCGACUGGUCUUAUAAAUUGCAUCGACUGUGGCUUUGCCUGUUGUUUCUGAAUACUGUUCGGUCUUAACUGCGUUCUAAUGCGGCGGUAAAUGGAUUCUGUUUUGUUAUUCUUGACGAUGUAAGAUCUAGGUUCUUUGGCGGGUUUGAGGAUUGUUCCGGAUUCUCAGGUCUUACUAUGGUGGUCGUAGAUGUUAACGGGUUCACCUUCGAAUUGGUCCAGCUGUGCGGUUAUAGUAAAAUGCUUGUUGUUCCUGUCGCCGGUGCAACUCAUUCUUGGUGAUGCUGGUGUCAUUAUUCACACGAGCCCGCUUCGCCAUCGGUAACGUUGUCCUUAACUUGCGGCUGCUCAGCAAUUCUGAUGGAGAUUUCAACCGGUGACUGACUGGCGAACUACGAUAGGAAAGUAGUCUUAAGUAAGGAUCGGUUCCAUCCUCAUCACAUUUUUUUAGGACACCUUUCACGGUUUGAAUUAUACGUUCUGAGGAACCAUUGGAUUGUGGGUACAUUGGUGAACUUGUGGUAUGCUCAAAUCCAUAAACACUAGCAAAUUGUUGAAAUUCCCGGGAUACAUAUUGCGGUCUAUUGUCAGUCACGAGCUUGUCUGGAAUGCCAUAUUCUGCGAAGAUGCUCUUGGGGUGAUUAAUGAUCGCAUGGGAUGUGGUGCUAGUCAGCUUUCGGACGAUGGGAAAUUUGGUAUACUCGUCUGAUAACAACAGAUAUGAAUUACUCUUAUACUCAAACAGAUCAGAGUUGAGUAUCUGCCAAGGGUAACAAGGUGGUUCAGGUUGAAGUAGAUCCUGUUUUUGCUGCUGACCAACGUUGGUGCUUCUGACAUGCAUCACAACUCUCAACAACUUUGAUUAUGUCCUUCGUAAUUCCAGGCCAAAACACUGCAGAUCUUGCUUGGAGCAGACAUUUCUCUUGCUUGGAGCAGACACGGCCAAAAUGAGUGCUGAAGGUUGUGAGAUACGAGCUUUCUGUAUCCAGAGGUACAUCCCAGUACCCCUUCCUUGCAUCUACCACAGUGAAGAAUUUAGCAUUUUUUAGCUCAGUGACCACCUCAUCAAUUGUCCUCAUGCAAUAGUGCUUUCUUUUAACCCACUUAUUCAAGUCACGGGGAUCCAGACAAAGUCUUACCUUUACUAUAUCUCUCCUUUGCUGUUGGUUAUCUCGCUCAGCACAACACUAUUAACCCAAUCUUUCGGUUUCUCAACUGCUGUUAUAACACCAAGUUUUAGCAUAUUGUCAAUUUCCUGCUUGAAGUGGUCCCUAAGGUGCACUGGAACUUGUCGCGGUGGGUGGAUAACUAGUUCUGUAUCUGGUUCUAAGGUGAUUUGGUAUGGCUUCAUUCCUUGAAUGUACCUAGUCCCUCGAAUCUAUCCGGGUACUCUUUUAACAGAGUCUCCUUUAGUAAGAGGCGUAGCCCUCUUAACCACAUUUUGUGAAUUCGAUAGAGUUGGUGCACUCGCGUGCACAUGCAUUAUUUCGCAAGGAAACUGUACCAAUCCCAGGUCACGCGAUGUUUGACAACCUAGUAUGGCAGGUCCUUCGACAUCCGUAACAUUAUACAAAUAAUGAAUGUUUAUGAGUGCAAUGGUAAGAAUAUUUUCAUGAGGUGAAAGAUGGAAUGUUCCAUUCAACGAGGCGACAGCCGAGUUGAAUGGAACAUUCCAUCUUUCACCGAAUGAAAAUAUUCUUAACAUUAAUUGCACGAAAAAACAUUCAUUAUUUGUUUUAUAUAAUACCAAAAUAGACUAAUAGAUUCGUAUGAGAAGCAUUUUGAGUGAUGCGAUUUAUUGAAAACACAAAGAGUGCAAUUGUACUAUACGUUUUAUUCCAUUGCACUCGCAGAGAGUGCAAUGGGACGUGUUCCAUUGCACUCUUGGGAAAUGGAAUUUUCUAUUCAAUAUCACGUGACCAUAAACAGCCAAUUAAACGACUAGAAUUCAAUAAGGUAUUAUAUAAUAAAUACUAUUGGUUUAACUUUAUCCAUAUGAUGUAUAUAUAAUUGACAGAUGCCAAUGUUCCUAAUCUCAUGACCUCCAUAAGCGGUGAUUUUAAUAUUAGGUGGCUCAAGCCGCCUUCGUUUGGGAUUGGGAACAAUUGUUUCAUAGUCAUGUUUAGAUAGAACAUUCAGUUCUGCACCAGUGUCAAUUUUACAUACUACUGGGGUGGUAUACUUGUGGUGGUAUACUUGUGGCAUAGCUCUGCAGUCAGAUGGGUUUCAAUCAGUACUUUCUUUCUCUGCUCUGUACUAAGGCUAUUAAUUUGGUUUGAGUUAGCACCAAUGUUCGGACACUGUUCUGCUAGUAAAGUACCAAGAAAUAUUUUUCAUCAAUAUCUGGCUAAUUUGAAUUGCUAUCAUCACGCUCAAGUGAGUUACAGUUUGUUUUGAUUGCCUUGAAACACAUAUUUUGGUAAUGACCAGUUUUCUUGCAUCCAAAACAUUGUGCCUAAAUAGCAGGACAUUUCUGAUCUUUAUUGUGUGCUGUAUUCUCACAUCUAGUGCAUACUGGCUUAUCCCAUUUCAUUCUAUAUCCCUUUUGUCCCUUUUGUCUAUCAAGCAAUGGUUUGGUCUUACCUCGAUUCAAGUUCAGUUAUUUUUAGACAAUAUGGUGUUAGCCAAUCAGAAUGCAAAAUUGACCGGCCCAGACCAGGGCUUCCUCGUGUCUCGCCUCGUCCUAACACUGAAGCCCUGGAACGAGGUUGAUCACAGAGUAGAUACAUAUACAGAGUUAUAACUAGUGUACCCACUUUUUUUGUGCGCAUGGUCGGCAAGCUACUAGAUGCAUGCAUCCCACCGGAUGGCGGCUCGCUUUGACUGCUUGCAGAAUUUGCCGAGCACGCGCAGUCAACUGAUCAUUUUUCGCCCGGUCGCCUGAAAAAAAGUGGGUACAUGAAAACAUAAGUUUCAGCAGUGUUUACGACGGUCAGUUAUACCUCUGUAUGAGUCUACUCUGUGCUAUAAUAGCCUUCUGAUAGCGUAGCCAAUCAGAACGCACGAUACAUGAUAGCCUACUAGUAGGUUUAUACUAAUAGAUUUUAGUUGCACAUAUAUCGAGAAAACGCCUAAGUUGAGUUUGUCAAGAGACUGUACCCGCGAGAUUAUGAAGAAACAUACUUGCAUAAACAUGAAUGAUGAUAAUAUAUUUUCUCUGCUCUGAGUUUGGCCAAAACUUGAAUUCUAUACAAUUUUAUUUCUAAAGGUCCACCAUGGUCUAAAAGUGAAAUUCAACGCCGUUUACUCGAAGCAGUGGAGUUAAAUAGUUUAAAGUGUUUGGACGUACUUUGCAAGAAAUACAAAAUGGAGGAAUUUUCAAUGGAGAAAGAUGUUGUACUUUUUCACCGACGGUAUGGUCUUUCUUUCUGGCCAUUGGAUGAACGUCCGAAAGAGACAGCCUUACAUGUCCUUGCAAGCAAGCUUACGUCGACAAAUGCAAUGGAAGUUUUAAAAAAGAGACCGAAGUUCCUAACUGAUUUUUCAGAUGUUCCAGAUAGUCAUGGAUCUACACCACUUCUCCUGGCAAUAAAAUGCAACAAUAAUGAUGUAAUCAACGGGUUGCUUUUGGCAAAGCCGGAUGUAAACAAAAGAAAUCUACAUGAAGAAUCUCCUCUUCAUGUGGCCGCCGUAAACGACCAUGACCAUAUUAUAGAAGAAAUUCUGAAAACAUGUAAGUGUUUAUGUUUGCGAUGUUAUCUCUGAGUUGUCCACUUCGCAAGCUGAAAAGUUUGCUUGACCGCGAUAGGAAUCGCACUCGCCAAAAACUUGGUUUGAAAAUUUAAAAAAUCUAAAAAAAAUUUUAAAAAGACACUGAUAUCAAGGGAACUAGACUGAGUUCCGAACUAUCCCCCACUCGAACCGACUUGACCUCGUAGCUGAAUUGAUAGAGCAUUGGACUGGCAAGCGAAGGUUUCGGGUUUCCAUUCCCACCGCGAUUGAGCUAACUUUAUUUCAGCUUGCCCAGUGUGGAUACACUCAGAGACAGCAUCACAAACAUAUAUCGAGUGCAUUAUAUAGCGUCAACCAAUUUUUGAUCUCGCUAUAACAGAUCUUUGCCAAGAUUGAAGUUAUUGAACCACAAAAAUUAUUGACAUUUUCAUGCAUGCUAAAGUUACAUUUGUUGCUACGGCUUGUAAAUAUGUUUCAGUAUAGAUUAUUUGUGAGCGUAAAAGUUAACUUUCAAUUCCGGGUCCAUUUCUCCAAAUGUCAAGAUGCAAAAUUGUUAACGCUAACCGGAUCGGACAUCUAUACAUCCAUUUAUUCUUCGAUAUAUACGUUCAUCUUCAUACUAGUGGUUACACGAGCAUUUACUGACUACGGGAGACCAUAAUCUCUCAACGUACGUUCCUGGCCCCCUCCCCAGUGCUGUAGAAGUGGUGGUGGUGGGAAGGGGGGGAGGCGUUUGGGGGAGGUGCCGCCUUCGUCAAGCUCUGGGGAGCUGAGCCUUCCACUUUAGAAAAUCGAUGAUAAUAAUAUACAUAAUGUUAUCGUCUAUAAGUCUAUUCUAAACAAAAAGGUCCUAAUAAAAAGGUGGUUAUGACGUAUGAAACUUAUUAUGAGUUACGAUCUAUGACUAAGAGUCAUCUCAGUCAUGAGUUGUGAACAUCUAUGAUGUUACGCAUUUUUUACGAUUUUAUGGCUUCACGUUUGUCAAGAGAGUCCCCCUCUGGUAAAUUUAGUUCUACAGCACUGCCCCUCCAAUCUCCUACGAAAAUUCCCCUCGGGAUUUGGAAGAAUUGCAAAAUAUUAGAAAUGUCGGUAUUUAUUGUCUUUUCCCCGGCCUCACAAGCUCUUUAAAAAUACAUUAGUUAGGAUAUACAUUUAGUGGAGUUUGUUAUUAAGAAAACUCAAAAUCACAAAAUAGUGUAAUGAUAUGCAUUUAAAAAGUUUUUUAUUUAUAAAGGGUUCUCCUUUUUUUAAUUAGCGCAGAACAGUUCAGUAUAAUAUAAUAAAAAACUGUACAAAAUUAGUUUCACUUCUUCCCACAUGCAUCUAUGUAUAAAAUGUGAUUCGAGUUUUUGAACAUUUCAUUUAAUUUUUUUUUCCCAUUUAUUACCUUUGCCAUCAUACGUACACAUUGACUGGCUGGAAAACCACUGCAGCUAUAUUGCUAAUUACUGUGGUCCAAAAUUUGGCAUUGGAAAUUUUGUCACUUGUCAGACAAAGGAAAGGGCAGAUGUCUGUAGUAAUUAAACCUACACAAACAUUUAUUAAUCAAAUAUAUUAAUCAUAAUUUUUUAUUAAAACAAUUCAAAAUAUUUCAUUAGAUUCGGAACCUGAAGAACGCACUAAUCUUCUAGAAAUCAUGAAAAAUAUCGACGGAAAAGGUAAUUCAAUUCUCUACUCAGCCUCUCAGAGUGGGAUGACAAAAAUACUAAAUCUUAUUAUGGAAUAUGAUUGGUGGGAGAAUUGUCUAGAGCAGCAGAAGAAGUCUGAGGAGCAGGAUUGGAAAUCGUUUGUUUGCAACGUUUGUGCUGGAGGAUGUGAAGGUCUUGCAAAGAUCAUUUUGCAAGAAGAUCCUGGUCUUCUGUUAAAAUGGAAGGAAGGGGUUACCCCUCUUAUGAGGUAAUAAAAAUGUUUUCUAAUAAAUAAUUAUGGCAUUCAGGCCUUACAAUAACAUCACAACACAUAAUAGAUCUUUCCGGUAAUUACAUCACAACUAUACUUGUUUUAACUUGGCUAUGGCCAGAGGAGCAGAACAUCAUUUUUACGCAUGUAGCCCGUCAGAAACAAACUUAAAAUCCAUUCCAUUUAAGGUGGUCCUAAGUUGACAACAGUGUUAGUCGUGACGUAAUUACUGGAAAUGUCUAUUGUAGAGUAAUUGUUUGAUUUCAACAUUUUGGCAGGCAUAUUUGCUGAAACUGAUAUACACAGUGACAAUUAAGCCGGUUUUCUACUUCAAGCGUACCGUACCAAAACGUAUCGAAAACGUUUUUAAAUUUCAAAAUUUCGUGAAUGUUGAUUGGUUAGUACUUCGAUUCCGUAGUACGCCAAAAAGUUGACUUGCGACGAACUUUUUAUUUUGAUACGCGAAUACACCCGGAAGUACGUGGAUUUAUAAACCUCUUUUCAAUCUGCGCAUGCUCACCAGUACGCUUCGGUACGAUACGGGCGAAGUGGAAAACAGGCUUUAAGCCAGUUUUCCACUUCAACCGUAUCGUACCGAAGCGUAGCGUAUUUCUUUGUUUCCUGAGCGGUAGUGUGGAACUAAUGACUUCGACACAAAAGAAAAUGCUACGGUACGUUACGAUAUGGUUGAAGUGGAAAACCGGCUUUAGUCAGUGUAGGGCACUUGUUAUGCUUUACGAUUUUAAGAUAAUGACAAUUUUUGCAGGAUUCAUGCAGGUUCUUACGUUUAAGGAUUUUCCUUCAUAACAGAAUUUCUUAGAUAUAAGGAUUUUUAACAAAAGUUAUUUAAACAAUUGAAAAACCCACGAUUAUCGAUUGAUAUUAGUUUGAUUGAUGUACUCAGUGUUAGAUAACCUCAACCAUUAAUCCUAACUGCUCAAAAGCACAGAAAAUGGCAUUUCUACAACUCUAAAUUUUCAAAAUUUCUGGGUUAGCACCAAGACUAUUAAUUCCCCCCAUAUUUUGCCUUAAGUUGCGGUAAAUUUAUGAAUAUUAAUUAAAAGUAAAUAUUUUCUCCCUAUAAACAGUUUCCGGGCUAGGCGGGAUGAAAACGUCCCGUUCAGGGAUUAAAAUCAAUUAACAGGGGUUAAUCAAAGUUAUAAAAACACACUCGCUUUUAUUUCUCCUCUUAAAUUUAGGCAACCUGAAUUGUUGGUCCACAUUAAUUUUUUCCUAUUUUAAAAGGAAAAACUUUCCCUUUGCACCACACGGUUCCUAUAGUGAAUAUUUCUUUGGCAGGCAUCGUGUGCAGAUUGUCUUCGCAAUUUGCUUACGCAAUCAUUAUCAGUAUCAUGAUUAUAGGCGCGCCGAUCAAUGACAAUGUAGAGCAGUGAUAACAAGUUUGGCUAAUGACCUAUUCCCUAAUGAAGCUUGCAUGUCGGAAUCGAAUGCAUGCUAUAAUCAGGAUUGUAUAAAAUAAUAACCUUAAGAAUUCAUGCGAUUUCAUUGGUCGAGAGCCAUGAUCUAUUAGAGGACAGACGCACAGAAUUACGUCAUUAGUUUUUAAAUGCCGAAAAUAUUUGAAAAUUCCAUUGAAUUUAUACAAAUUGAAUGAUUUUAUGCAAUUAAAUCUAUAAACAUGAAUCAAUUCCUUCGACAAAUGUGAAAAAAUCACUCGCAAAAGCUAGCAACUCGGCAAAUAUCAAUAAAGUCAUUCAGCUGCGACUUCAAAUUCAAUCCGGUUUUCAAAAACAAAUACUAUUUGACUUAUUUGACCCUGUCGAUGUCACGUUUUCCAGCUGGUUUCUUCACUUCUUGCAACAUAGGAAAUGUUUAAGUGAUUUUCAAUGUCAUAGUCGCUCAGAAGAAAAUAAUUGCCUUUUUAUCAAACGUUUAUAUUUCUUUAAAACAAUGUUUUUCAAUGUUUUGAUAAUUUUUUAGUUUUUCCUUAUUUAUUACCGUCUAGUGCAUUCUAAGCUUAGCCAGUCAGAAUUCAGCAGCACGUGACUUUAGCGAGCCAAUACGAUUUCGUUAUUUGUAUAGAUUAUAAACGCGUGAUAUUUGCAAAAUUUCGACUUCCAAAAUUACCUGUUUUUUUCGGGAAUUUUUUCAAUUUUAAAUACAAGCAAAUAGAUUACAUUUUCUCGUUGUCUGUUCAGUUAUAGAUACACAGUCAACCUUGUUCCCAGGGCUUCAGUGUGAGGACGAUGCGAGACACGAGGAAGCCCUGGUCUGCGACGGUCACGUGACGACAAAAAAUGGCAGUACUUGACAGCUACUCGUCAAGGCGUGGCGAGAUAUUCUUUAAUGAAAUAUACAAGUCUUCGAAACAAAUAAAUAGCCAAAAGACUUCUCAAUCGAUAUUAUUUAUGUCUAGAGCGAAGUUUCGCACGAAUUAUCAGCUAAAAUCUAUGAAGAUCUCGUCUAUAUAUAUAUAUACAUAUAUAUAUAUAUAUAUAUAUAUAUAUAUAUAUAUAUAUAUAUAUAUAUAUAUAUAUAUAUAUAUAUAUAUAUAUAUUAUAUAUAUAUAUAUAUAUAUAUAUAUUAUAUAUAUAUUAUAUAUAUAAGAUAUAUAAGAUAUAUCGAUAUUUCUGGAGAUUUUCCACUAUAGGCAAAGCUGCAUCUAGGCGUCUCCAUGCAAGUGGUGAUUCACACGAAAUUUCUUUUCUCUCGUCUUGAACAAUAUGGCUAUUGCUAUAAUUAAUAUUUAGUUUAAUUAAAUAUGCUCUUAUAGAUCUGACUUAGUUCAAUAUAAAUAAACACAAAUAUAAAACCUCGCGUAACCUGUUUACGCUGUACAGGAAUAUACGGAUUCGCUUGUUUCGCCGGACACCAACACUUGCCGUUCAGGAGCAAUGCUUGCCUACAAAUUUAAUCCCCUUCACAAUCUUUGUUUUAUUUUAUCGUAUAGUCGCAAUUUUCAAAUAUUCGGAGUAUUCUGAAACUGAAAAACUGGGUGACGUGCGAAUCUUGUAGAGACUACAUCGGCCUAGGCGUAGAGCUAUUAAGUAUACAGGGUCUAAAUUAAUUGUUUGUCUUGCUAUUAUUUGUCAGUACAGAAUAUUGUAAAUUAAAAUAUUACAACAAUGCAAUACGCGUUGUAUUUCAUCAGAAAUCUGCACUAAUAAAUACUGUACAAGGAAAACUACAGCUUAAAUAAUAGUAGACGUUUCUUGUUUUGUCAGGAAAUAUCACAGCUAACUUCGACCCGGCUUUUGAGUUUUGUAACCGGCCGAGGCGAAAGUAAAUCAUGCAGUCGGGAAAACGUCUUACUUUGAAAGAUUAUUUUGUAAAACAUACUCGUACACACAAGAAUCAUAAAAAUACAAAUGUUGAAUUGUUAUUGUUAACUGUCAAGUUCAGUUAUUUUUAGACAAUAUGGUGUUAGCCAAUCAGAAUGCAAAAUUGACCGGCCCAGACCAGGGCUUCCUCAUGUCUCGCCUCGUCCUCACACUGAAGCCCUGGGAACGAGGUUGGAUACACAGUAUGACGUCAUAUGUGGUAAAAGCAAAAUGUGACCAUUCGCCAAGGCAACCUCGCAAGCUAGGGUCUUUUACCUGCGCUCGGUAAAUGAUCCUGGCUUGCGAGGUUGUCGCCAUGGCGGCUCGUGGACACUUUUUUUUGUUCUUACCACAUGUUCACAUAUGACGUGAUACUGUGUAUCUAUAAAUGAACAACGGUUAAAUGUAAUCUAUUUGUUAAGUAUCAUCCGUAUUAAUAAGUCGUUAUAACAUUAACGUUCCGUUAACUUUUCCAGGGCGGCCAAAGCAAAUCAACUACAAAUCGUUUCGCUUAUCUUUGGUAUUAAAACGGAUGAUGAUCAUUUUACAACUUGUGACAAAGAUGGCAGAAAUGUUUUCCACUACGCUGUGAAAAAUCCAAAAGUUCUCAAACUCCUUCUUGACCAGUUUAAAAAGGUGAGGAUUACUAUAUUGUAUGAGACGAUACGGCAGCCCAGACGCGAC